AGCGAAGAGCAUAAGAAGAUAGUUGCGAAGCAGCAGCAGGAGGAAGCUGAGCAGCGGGCACUACAGGUUGAGCAGGAGAGAUUGCAAUGGAACAAGAAGAACCUUGAGGACAAUGAGGUUAUACAGAAGCAGAUCUUGGAGAACAUGGAAACAACCAUCGAUGAGCCAAAGACGCCGUUCCAGCACGCCACUGAGGUGAAUGAAUACUACAAGGAGGAUGAGGAUGAGCUCGAAGACUUCUCGCUGGGGGCUCCUGAGUUCUCUGUUCCUUCAGAGGAGGAGGAAUCCACAGGUGUGCCUGUGGAGCGUGUUGAGUCUCACGUAUCGCUCGGAGGUGUACCUGAUCCUAGCGAGCUACACAAGGGACAGCCGCCAGAUCACCACAUGACGUUUGAGGAGAAGAAGAAGCUACACUACCACCACGAGGCUCCGCAAUUCCACCCGGUGGAGGACGCUGAUGACGAUGGCGAGGAUGAGGCCCCAGAGAGGAAGAUGUCAUUUGCAGAGAAGCGUAAGCUGCACUACAGCAAAGAGCACGUUCCAAAGGAAUGA